UAUCUUUAGAUGACGCUUUUAAUAAAUAUCUACCGCAUAAAUUGACUCCAAAUAAUAAUUUUACUUGAGACGUGAUAACGAUAAACUAAUAUAUUAAUUUAAGAAAUCGGCAAUUGUGAAACUAAUUAUAAAACGGUGCAAACUUCUAUUUUAUUUAUUGUUUUUUGUAAUAGUGUUUAGUGUUAAAAUUAAGUUACGUGUAAAUUUAAAUUAAUUAAGAGUAAGGUCAAAGAAUGUCAGUGUUGAAUAAUUUCUCCGUUUCCAUCGCUAAGGGGUUGCGGCGCUUAAGAAACAAUGAGCUGACAGACAGACUGUCCGCCCGACGGCAGCAUGCCUCCAAGGAGCAGAGUCUAAAGAUGGAGAAGUGCCUCAUAGUCUCGAAAGUGACCAGAUACGAAUAUGAGAAACACAGUCAUGACAACAUAUCCGACGGAGAACUGGAGAUGAUACUCCGCAAACGAGGGUCUGACUUUGAGUCCAUGAUAUCCACACACAGAGAGCAGAAGACGUUCGAGGAGAGUGUGGCCAGCACGCUCAAGAAGAUGGGAGUCAAAGUCGAGAUGGCAAGCAGAUUGACUUACAACGACGAGCUGAUAAAGUGGUGUGACGUGGUGGUGCCUUGCGGUGGUGAUGGAACAUUCCUCCUGGCUGCCUCCAGGGUCCGAGAUGCCAAUAAGCCAGUCAUAGGUUUCAACAGUGCUCCUCACAAGUCUGUGGGUCGUCUGUGUUUACCCACGUGGUGUUCCAAUGAUGUCAAGGGUGCGUUCUCCGCUCUGAAGGAGGGUAGGUUUAGAUGGAUGCGUCGAUCCCGGAUACGCACAACGAUUACGUGCGAAGAUAAGUUUCUGGACAACAUUACCCCGGUCGAUCUACACACGCUACAGUACUGUAGAUACCCAUCAGUAUUGAACCCGGAGGAACCAGAGACGACCAGAAGAUCAGAAACUGGCAACCCUCAUACGACUUCAAGCCUGGCAACAAAAGUGUUGCCGUUUUUAGCAUUGAAUGAGGUAUUCAUAGGGGAGAGCGUGACCUCGAGAGUUUCGCUGCUGCGGCUUCAAAUCGACAACGGGAACUGGACGCACACGAAGAGUUCCGGUCUGUGUGUCACUACCGGCACGGGAAGUACGUCGUGGCACUAUAGCAUAAACUGUCUCCGGACACAUUCGGUGAUGGACCUGAUGAAGAUACUCCACGAGGAAUUUGGAGUGAAAAUGGACAUCUCUUUGGAGAAGGCGCGCGAAGUAACCGAGAAAUACAACCAGAGGCUGAUGUUUCCGCCGGAAUGUCCCGAAGUGGCGUAUUCUGUGCGAGAGUACAUUCGGUUCGAGGAGUGGCCGGCGCCGCGAGGGUUGCGGGUUCGAGACCGCGCGAGACACGUCACGGUCAAGUCACAUUGCACCGACGCGGGUUUAGUUAUCGACGGCAGUGUCUCGUUUCCUUUCAACGACGGAACCCAGGCUCAACUAGAGAUACAUCCAGAGGACUCACUUAUGACUGUACAAAUGGAAGAUGCUCUACCGCACUGACAGUUUAUGACGCGUUUGAUGAAAUUAGGAAAACUAAUUGAACACCUGUUGAAUUUUUUAGAUAAAAAUGUAUGUAAAGUAAUUAUUGGCGUACUAUAAGCAACUAGACUCACAAUCGCCUGUUAAAAGGCCGUCAAAAAAUGUCCCAACGGCGCUGUACAUACAUAUAUAGAGAAUAUUAAAACAUUCAUUCAAACUAACAACUUAUUUCGUGGCAGAAAUGUUCAAAGUUAUUAUGCUCAUUGGAAACUUUGGCGCGAACACGAGGCAAGAACGUUUUGUCAUAGCAAUUGAAAUGUAAUUAUUUAGCAAAAUGAUUAAAAACGUCAAGUUAGUUACACAAUUAUGUUAAUUUAAAGGGGCACUUACCUGAAAUACGACACACCAUCCAUUUUUAAGAUUGCAUAUGCUGUUAUUCGGACAGUUUUUCACGGAACACUUUGUGAUUGCGUGGCGUUGUAUUCAAAGCGCAGUCGAAACACAACUGAACGAAAACUGUGCUUAUAGACGCGUAGACAGAGUUUUUCUUCAGACAAUUUCUGAGAGUGAUUGUGUGUAGUUGUUUAUUGUACGUUAAUCAGAUUAAAUAAUUAACGGUACGUAUUACGCUGUUAUAUGGGCUGCAUGAAUUUAAGGGCUUAUUGAAUAAUAACAAACUUCUUAAUAGUAUAGUUAUAAUAAACAGUAUACCGGCUUGGUGGGCACCACAGUGGCGCAUUUUUCUACCAUCAAGCGGCAAUGUCACAAUACAGUAAAAGAACAGUACUUUAACUUUAUACUAGAGGACCCGAAUCGACACACACACACAUACGCACGAUUAACACGGCCGCUAAGCAAUCUUGGGGAGACAAAACUAUUGAGUGCCACGCCGUACGCCGCCGAAACUGGUCGUUAUCGUAGUUAAAUUAUCCGCGUCGUCAAUUGUUUUGUAUGUACCAACCCUAGCGCUCCGCCCAGACGUAGAUAUAAAUUUCAAAGAGACUGCUGAGUUACGUUACUGUUCUAUUACUUGUGUUGUACAUCGGAGCAACAAAUUAUUUUCCAAAUGAAAUGGCAUUUUUUAGUCGGUUUGUCCCAUAAAUAAUUUGUUGUGAAAUCAAAAGAAUCUACUUUUUAAUAAUUUUAACCGCAGUUUUGAUAUGCCGCCCUAAAUCCGGCCUUGGGAAUUGCGAUACCGCUCACAAUUUUGGGUUCAAUCGCAAACUGCAUUGAAAUGGGCGGUGUACCACUUACCAUCAGGAGAACGUCUUGCUCGUCUUGUCAUUUACUUUAAAUAAGCAUUUAAAUUGUUGAGACUUCCAAUUUUUAUUUAAUUAUUAAAAAUCUUUGUGUUAGCUUUUAAUGUCUAUUUACGUUUACAAUUAUUUCUCCAUCUCAUCAAUUAUAUUUAUUGUUAUUCAUUUAAAUAUAGCUAAUAGUAUAGAAUUACAGUUUGUUUGCCGAGAGUAGAUAGAUAUUAUGUAACAUCUCACUACAGCGACUGUCGGAAACUGUAUGACGGGUGUCGCUUAUCGCCGCGCAUUAAGUUUUGUGGUACGGGGGACUCACGGUCGUCAGGGUUGUCAAACGCAAGCCCAUCUGAUUGUUAAGACUACAAGCGCGUACACCUUCCUUAUAGGCCGGCAACGCUCCUGUGAUUCCUCUGGUGUUGCAAGAGAUUGUGGGCGGCGGUGAUCUCUUAACACCAGGUGACCCGUACGCUCGUUUGUCCUCCUUUUCCAUAAAAAAGUAGAUUAUAUUUGGUAACAAGGUACAAACCUUAACAUUAAAAUAUUUUUAUUAAAUUAACUUGUAAAGCUCAAUGGUAGGACGCUUUAAGUUUAAUUUUUUUGAGAUGUGACAUAGAAACGACCGACUGGCAACUAUAAAUAAUGCAUUGGUUUGAUUUUCUUUCGCCGUGCCAAAAUCAUCAUCUCAUUUUAACGUCAAACUGAUAUUUCACGGAAUACACCUUUUUUUUAACACAAUAUUAUAAUUUAUCAAAUGACAAAACCUUUACAUACUACCAUAAUAUUACUAGCUGACCCAGUAAACGUUGAAUUACUAAUUUGGGGUAUGAAAAAUAGAUGUUGGCCGAUUCUCAGCACCCGAUAUGCACACAAAAUUUCAUAAAAAUCGGUUCAGCCGUUUCGGAGGAGUUUGGUAACAAACACCGCGGCACGGGAUUUUUAUACUAUUAUGAUAUAAUAUUAUUAUGAUAGUAAAUUAUUGUUUCAAAUAUUAUAGUUAUAUUUAUUCGUCCUGGUGUUUGUUUUAAUUCAAAGCAUGCUCCUUUCUUGAUAUUUAGUGUUUUGUUCAAAAUUAAUUAUUAUUUAUUAGGUGUGUAUGUAUUGUAAAUGUUUAGCUCCCUAGCAAAAAUGUAUUAAGAGAUUAUUUAUUAUAGUGAUGUUGUGUGUAAGCACAUUAUGAUAAUUAGUAUUAAAAUAAGUUAAAUACUUUUGUUAAUGAAAUUGAAAUAAAAAUAUUUACGUAAACUUUUAAAAAUUUCUAAAUAGUCAUAAAAUGUUCACAAGUGUCAAAAAUGCAAAAUUUAUGCGAAUGCAAUGCAUGUCCGUCAGAAUUUAAAUUUGUUUGAUAAGAGAAGUGACAUUCACACCUUCAACACAAUCAUAAAUAAUUUACUAUCGCAAUUAUUUCGUACUGCUUUUUAACGUCUGCAAAAAGUACAUUUUUUUUUGUGGGAAUGGGCGUCCGCAUUUAUAAUAAAAUACCAAUUUGCCUGCAAGAAUUGCACUUGCAAUCUUUUAAGAUUUAAAACGUUAUUCAGGAGCAUUUUAUAUAAAAGGGUUUUUAUUAAUAACACUGUAAAUGAUUGAUUACCUGAAGAGAAAUAGUAUGUAUUUCUCAAUAACAUAGUAAAUAAUUUAGUUCGGAGUUUUCGUACCACGACGUACCAUCCGCAUCGUCAAUCUUUUUGUAUGUAGCAACCCUAGCGCUCCGCCCAGGCGUAGGUAUAAAUUACAAGGAGACCGCUGAGUUACACUACUGUUCUAUUACUUGUAUGUGCACAACCUUCUUCCUGACAUCAUCUGGGACCACGUAAAGGUGAUUAAAAUUUUACGAAAUAUGUAUAGUUUGUUUCUUUGAAAAUUUCAUUUAUUUACUUAAUUUUUUCACGAUUAAGGUUAUGUUACUCUACCCGUGUGUUCAUUUAAAGGCAGUCAUGCGGCACGCUGCUGAUUGUACCCGCGUUAUUGUGUGUUUUUUUGGACAUAAAACAAUUACUGACUAAAUGAUUUUAUUACAAUAAGCAAUAACAUCUAGUAGUACUAAGUGCAUAAUCUAUGAAUUGUCAUUGUUGUGGUCCACGAAUUUUUUUUUUUAUUGACACACUUGCACUAAUUAUCUUGCCCCAAACUAGGCAUAGCCUGUACUAGUGCAACGAUAUAUUUAAUACAAUAUACUUACUUAAACAUACAUAAAAACACACAUGACUCGGAAUCAAACAUUCAUAUACAUAAUAGAAAAGCUUGCACCCAUAGGGAUUUGAACCCGGGACCACUGGCUCAGUAAGGUCAGUAACCACUGGGCUAUAGGGGUCGUCAAAUUAGUGUUUAUUUUACCUUUAUGUGUGUGUGUAUAGCCAUAAAUGUAAGUAGAUCAAAUCAUUCUGAUCAUAGUUGGAUCGAAAAAAAUAAUUUUGGAUAGUUUCGGAGUAUGUUGUAAGACUGAACUUGUAUUGCGUAUAAUUUAUAUUUGUGUAUUAUUUAUGCCGAUAGGUAAAUUAAGUACUUAAGGUUUUAAAUUUUUAUAUAAUUAUACAUUCGUGACUUUCAAGCAUAGAAAAAGUGUGUGUCACGUAAGAUGUCAUACUUCUUGGCGUAAUAAAACAAAAAUCCUUAAAAAAAAAUUGCUCGUAAUAUUUUGCGUUGAAAAAACAAUAUAGAAGGUAUUAAAUACAACCAAUGAAAUUAUUAUAUUUUAUUUUAAAACUUGUAAUGAAAUUUAUUUUAUUCUCGUCCGUUGACCAGCUAUCGUCAGGGUGUCGAUACUUUUUUUGGGACGUUAGGGGAAAAAAUUCAGAGAAUUUUUACGAUGCGCGCGCACACCGUCACACAAAUUCGACACCGUUCGUUGGUCAACUAAUAACUAGACCAUUUGUAUCAUACUUCAGCUACGCUUAUGGUAGCUCUCUUGUAACUUAUAUGUCUACUGAACCAUAAACAAUGGACGAGAAUAAAAUAAAUUUCAAUACAUUGUAUAAGUUGUAUAUUUUUUUUAUAAUUGUAUAAAAUAAUAUUUUAUGUACGUGUUUCGUUACGCCAAAGAACUUCAUGCGUGCACACACACACACACACACUCUUUUUUUGUUACGGUUUGAUGAAACGUAUACUAAUUGGUGGUGUGAUAAGGUGCGUUGCUAUAUUUUAUAAAUUCUAUUAAUAUUAGAUGUAUUGUUAUAAGCUUUUUUAUGUUAUUCAAAAAUAUACCUUAUUAUAAAUA